UUUCUGAGGCAGUGUUCGUUUGCUGAUACGAAAAUAUCAAUAAUGAUCAAUAUUUUUAAAGUAAUAACAAUUGCGAUAAUAUUUUAAUAAUAUUUCGCCUCAUAUUAACACAAAACGUCGAGAAUGUGUGAUGUUUGUUCGGAGUUUUCACAGCUUUUAAUAAAUUGUGAAACAAGAUUAACCGACGAUGUGUCCCAGUAUCCAACUAUAAGUCAGUCCGAACUCGAAACAGUAUUAAAUUAUAUUCUUUCGUGGCCACAAAGGCAAUGUAUGUGCUGUUACCGUGAUGUGAAGAAUUUUGAAAGAUUUUAUUUGGUGGUUCAAAGCAUACUGUGUCUAUCUGUGUGCCAACUUAAACAACUUAAAGAUGAUUUAUUGGCUUCUGUUAAAACCGAAGCAAACACUGAUAAUCAAGAAAUACAAAAAGAACCAGAAGUUGUAAACAAAUUACAAAAUGAAGAAGAAAGCCUAGAAUCAAGAGAAAGAGUUCAGGACACAGAUAGUACAAAACCUCCAGAACCUGCUGGACAAUCAGCAGAUGAAUCAACUAGCAUAGAUAAACCUGCAAUUUGUACUGGUGAUACGGAAACAUGGUCAAUGCAGCAGAAGGAAAAGCUAAUGCAUAUAGUCUCCAAGAUAUUUCUCCUCAAUUUUCCUCUAUAUUUAGCCUGUAAACAUUCAGCACUAAGCCGUCUAGAUGACUUGUCAGCACAGGAGAUAUCAAAUCUAAGCUCUUACUGUGACCUACAUGAUACAGAAAUACCAGCAUAUUUACUAAGAAAUGUUAGCUUGUUUUGCAAACUUGGGGGAGUAUGUGCCAUGACAUCAGUAUUUGAAAGUGCAUCACCUACUAGUCUUCCUUUGUCUAUGGCACAUGCAAUAGUGGCAGCUGUUGGGAACUUGAAACUCUGGUUGAAUUUCAGAGCAGUUGCACAACUUUUUAUGCCUCUACGGAGCAAAAUUCUCAAGUAUAUGUGUAGUUUGGAAGAUAAAGACUUAAGGGUACCAGCCGUCAAGUCCAUGGCGGAUUUUAUGUGGGGAGCUGCAAAAGAACCACUUGAUGCACCGCUAGCUUUUGAUGGAGAUGGCUUGGCGUUAGCAUUCAAGUAUUUUAACAGCAGUACAUUGACCAUGAGGUUGGCCGGAGUAGCACAGAUCAAUGCACAUAUAGCUGCACAUAAUGAGCUUUGUGCAGGAGAACCGGCCGCUGAUGCUGAACUAGCUGGGCAACAAUUAGCUACAUGGUUAACUAAUAAUAAUAUUAUCGAACACUUGUUCGGUCCUAAUUUACAUGUCGAGGUGAUAAAACAAUCUCAUAUGAUUUUAAAGUUUCUUGCUGUAGAAGGUCGAGUUACCCCCGAGCAUGUCGAAUUGGUAUGGGCGGCCGCCCAGCUUAAACAUUGUGGUCGUCAAGUAUACGACUUGCUACCUGGAUUUAUUAGGGCAUUAGCACCAAAGCCAUGUGCACAUUUGUAUAGUCUGCUAUGUUCUCUACCGCCCAAGGAGCACACCGAGCAGAGCCUGUACCUGGCGUCGGCGCUGAUGCGCGCGAUGUGGGCGCGCGGCGGCUGCGGCGCCGGCUCGCCCGCGCCCGAGCCGCCGCGCCUGGCGCCGCCCGUCUGCAAGCCGCACCACCGCUCCUCCUCCGAGGCCAGCGUCAGCAUGGACCAGACCAAUUCCGACGACGAUCCGUGUGAAGAAUUAAGUACAUCAGGCGAAGAGGCGGGACCCACCCCCCGAAAACAAAGCAAACAUCAACGUGAACUUACAGCUGAGCAAGAAUGGCUCCGUGAAGGAGAAGAACUUACGAAAAAAGAGUGUUCUUCACUGAAAUCAUGUCAAAAACGUAAUAAGCGAGCUGGAAGCAGCGGAAGUGCCAGCAGCGGCGCCGAAGAGUUGCUGCGACCGCGAAAGAAGAAACUUUACAAGAAGCGUCACAAGCAAGGCAAGACCAGGCAUUUCCUAGCGACGCAAUUGAAAACUGCGGACUUAGCGGAAUCUGUGUCCGACGUGGAGGAAGAGUCGUCCGGCAGCGACACAGCGCACUGUCAGCUCUUGUGCGAUAACGUCGAUGCCAGCAGGCGGCUGAUGGAGCUUCGACUGAUGGAGAGCUACAAGCGUCGCGAGGAGGAAGAGGGCAGUGCGUCGUCGGCGCUCUCUGCGCACUCGCACUCGCACCGACACCUGCCCGACCUGGACGAGGACGACUCCGCCUGCGAGGAAGAGCUGGCUAGGCUCGCUGCGCAGGCGCAGUGCCUUACGGAGUACGGUGGCGUGGGCUUGGAGGCGCGCCCGCCGUCGCCCGCUCCCGCGCCGCUGCCUUUCAACGUUGAUGACGUGUGCCGGCCCGGGAACACGCUGUUGUGGGAUCUGCUGCAGGACGGCGCCAUUGAGCAACUCGGCGAGGGUCUGGCGUUGGAGGCGGAAAAAGCGUUGUGCGCACUGCUAUGUUUUAGUACUGACAAAUUCAUCAGAAUAAAAUUCAUAGAGGGAUGUCUUGACAAUCUCGCUAAUCAUAGAUCUGUUGCCGUAUCGUUGCGACUGCUACCAAAGUUAUUUUCGUCAUUCCAACAACUAAGAGGAAUGGAUAUGCAUCAGGUGGUGAUGUGGGCGGAGCGCGAGCGCGGCAUGAUGCGGCUGUUCCUGGAGGACCUGCGCCACUACGUGUCCACGCGGGCGGGCGCGCCCGUGGGCGACGCGCAGCACUACGCGCACAUCACGGAGCUCACCGUGCGCCUGCACUUCCUCACCGCGAUAUUUUCGCCCGUCGGCUCGCCGCACCAUUUCAGGCUGACGGUGGAGCAGGUGGAGGAGCUGUGGCAGUGCCUGGUGGCCCGCGGGUCGAGCGAGUGCGCGGACUGCCUGUACUCGUGGCUGCUGUCGCACACCAAGUCGCCCGACCAGCACGCGCUCGGUCUCGACGCGCUACGCUUUCUCUACGUCGAGAAGAUGCCAACUCUGGAUCCAGAGACAAUUAGCAUAAUGGGCCUCAGCCUAUACCAGCAGCUGUGCAACUUGGCGCGCAUGGCGCUGGGCGCUGGCGACUCGCGCGAUGCGGCGCACCCGCACACGCUGGCCAUGGACCAUCUGUGGAAGAUCGCUCUCCGGGCCAACAGCACCGAUGUAUCGAUGGGUGCUAUUCAAUAUUUAAACAGCUACUACAUGGGCCAACAGUUACAACAAGAGGACGACUUUGUUUCCAAAUGUAUGUUUCAUCUAUCAUCAGCUGCUGAGAGAUUGAUAUCUAAAAAUGACGAUGGUCAGGGCACUUCAACAUCAAGUGUUCCAAUAGAAGAAGGCAAAGAGACCGAAAAAACUACUGAUAAACAGAAUAUUUACGAGCACAUGACCGAAGAAGCGGCGUUACAAUGUAUACAGAGGGCUUUGUUGUUGUUAAAAACACACUUGGAUACGUUCAAAAGAAGAUACGCGUACCACCUCCGGCGCUGGGCGCUGGCGGAGUCGGGCGCGUGGGAGGGCGGCGCGAGCGGCGCGGGCAGCGUGCGCGUGACGCUGCAGCCCGCCGGCGCCGGCCCGCGCGCCGCGCUCGCGCUGCACCACUCCGACCUCGUGGCGCACCUGCGCGCGCACGUGCACGUCUGGUGGGAGAGACAGAUCCAAGGGGAAGAGGGCGUCACGGCGCUGGCGACCGAUGGUCCCCUUCGAAUGAUCACCCAGGGCCAGGAGUUGACGAUCGACUACGAUGAGAGAACGCUGUACGACAUGGGGUUUAAGGAUAACCAGUUGGUGUUCGUGUCGGUGGGCGUGGGCGGUCGUGGCGCGUGGGCGGAGUGGCCGUCUGCGCAGCCGGCUCCGGCGCGUGCUCGGCUGCCCACGCACCUGCUGCUGGACCCCACCUACUUCCACCACCUGUUCACGCUUAUGCAGGCGCUCGGCCAGAUGAAAGAGCCAGGAACUGGGGAACCUGUAGCGCAUACGAAAGCGCAACUUUUAUCUCGACGUGUCUGGGACAUUCUUCAAGCUGUUCCUCUUAAUCCUACACUUCUGGAAGCAUUUCAAAACCCAUCAGAGAAUAAGCUUCCAGAACUCUUGGACCCCAUGAGUCCACAGAAACUAAUGUAUUCUCUGCACAUCAUAGACAAACUUAGUUCAAACAACAAUGGUUCCAAUGUGAAAGAACCCACCAGUAGUUUGGAUAAAACUGAAGAGAAAGUGUGCGUAGAAAAUUGGAAUGAAUUGUUUAUUAAGAAAGGCGGCCUGCGGUUGCUAUAUGAUAUUAUGAUGUCAGGCGUUUUACAGAGAAGUGACGAUAGCGAGUGGCGUCAAGACUGCCUAGCACUGUUGCUGCAGUUGUUGUGUCGCAUCGGAACAUUGCCUACCUCUGAAACUGGACAGACUCCAAAACUACAUCCAGCUCUACUUUCUUUGAUGAACGUAGAAGAAACGACGGAGAGGUUGAUAUCGAUACUAUGCGAAGCGGCUACGAUGAAGGAACCCACCACGUACAAGACCGGAUUCUGGGGAAGAGCGCAGGUGGUGCAGCACGCGAUGCGGCUGUGCGUGGUGUGGGCGCGCGGCGGCGGCGACGCCGUGGCGCUGGCCUGGUCGCUGCGCCGCGCCGCGCCGCGCCUGCUGCUGGACGACGCCGACCCCGCCGUUCGUCGCGAGGCGGGCAGUGCGCUGUAUCGCCUGUGCGCGGGCGGCGAGACGAGCGUGCUGGCUCCGCUGCUUCAACUGUUGCUGCAGCACUUGCCUCGCGCUGCCGACAUGCGUCCUCACAACCAUCACCACCAUGAGGUUGCUCAUCAUCACGCCGAAGAAGGGAAAGAGCCGUAUGGCCCAGCAUGUAGAGACUACUUUUGGCUUGUGUGUAGGUUAAUAGAUGGAUUACCAGAAGAUUUCUUUAAAGAAGGUGCUGUGGCAGAAGAUAGUGGAGCUCCCGAUUUAAACGAACUCUGUGAACAAAUCCGAUGUUCUCUUGAAAAACGCGAGAUAAUUGAGAAACGUUCUGAGCCGUGUACCCCUGACGACGGAUUGUACGGCCAACUGAGUCUCCUCACGCAUUUGUCGAAACAUCCUCUAAGGUUUAAAAACUCAGAACAAGGAACUAGAACUUUAGAAAUGGUCUUCGGGUUUUUGUUCGACGUCCCCAACCCCUCCCAGAGAAAUCUUCCCAAGUGCAAGUCACAGAAGUCACGCGCUGCCGCCUACGACUUGCUAGUGGAACUGGUACGCGGCGCGCCCGACAACUACAUGGUUCUGCACCACAAGCUCAUGGAGCACCAUAAGCCCGGCCCGUCGUCGUCGUACCCGUGGGACUACUGGCCGGCGGAGGAGUCCCGCUCGGAGUGCGGGUUCGCGGGGCUCACGAACCUGGGCGCCACGUGCUACAUGGCGUCGUGCAUGCAGCACCUGUACAUGAUGCCGGCCGCGCGCGCCGCCGUGCUGCGCGCCGACCCCGCGCACAGCCGCCACGCGCCCACGCUGCACGAGAUGCAGCGCAUGUUCGCCUACCUCAUGGAGAGUGAGCGCAAAGCGUACAACCCGCGCAGUUUCUGUAAGGUCUACCAGAUGGACCACCAGCCGCUUAACACCGGCGAACAGAAGGACAUGGCAGAGUUCUUCAUAGACCUCGUCUCCAAGCUCGAGGAGAUGACUCCCGAACUGAAAAAGCUAGUCAAAACGCUGUUUUGCGGCGUGCUAAGUAACAACGUUGUAUCGUUGGACUGCCCGCACGUGUCGCGCACGCUGGAGGAGUUCUACACGGUGCGCUGCCAGGUGGCCGACAUGCGCAACUUGCACCAGAGCCUGGACGAGGUCACCGUCAAGGACACGCUGGAGGGCGACAACUGCUACACAUGUUCGCAGUGUGCCAAUAAAGUUCGCGCCGAGAAACGCGCGUGUUUUAAGAAACUGCCUCGCAUUCUUUGCUUCAAUACGAUGCGAUAUACAUUCAACAUGCUCACGAUGCUCAAGGAGAAAGUCAACACGCAUUUCUCUUUUCCAAUGCGGCUCGACAUGUCUGGCUAUGUCGAGAAACAUUUGAUGCCGGCGCAAUAUCAAGAGGAGAAAAUAAAAUCAGCAGAGUUAAAAAAAGAUGGUGAAAGUGGUUCUUACAAUGAAACUGAUGAUUCGGAAUCUGAAGAGCAUUAUGAAUACGAGCUGAUAGGCGUGACUGUACACACGGGCACGGCGGACGGCGGCCACUACUACUCGUUCAUCCGCGACCGCGAACACGAGCUGCACGAUCGCUGGCUGCUGUUCAACGACGCGGAGGUCAAGCCCUUCGAUCCCGCGCACAUCGCCGCCGAGUGCUUCGGCGGAGAGAUGACGAGUAAAACAUACGAUUCGGUGACUGAUAAGUUUAUGGACUUCUCUUUCGAGAAGACAAACAGCGCUUACAUGUUGUUCUAUGAGCUUAGUCCGCCGCGUAAUCAGCGUGGUUCUGACUGUGGCCAGCAAGAGGAAGCACAGUCGUCGCGCGCCGAGGAGAGCGCGAGCGCGGCGGUGGAGCGGCGCGAGUCGUCGCCGGCCGUGCAGCUGCCGCCCGAGCUGCUGCGCUGGAUCUGGGACGACAACAUGCAGUUCCUGCACGACAAGAACAUAUUCCAGCAUGCAUAUUUCACGUUUAUGGGUCAGAUGUGUAGCUCUGUGCCGCAAUCGUUACUCACACUGAGGCCGGAGAUCACAGAGGUCGCCGCCAGACUCUCGACCUCCUUCUUCAUUGAAACAUUUAUACACGCCAAGGAAAAACCUACCAUGGUGUCCUGGGUGGAGUUGGUGACGAAACAGUUCAACGCGUCCGCAGCUGCCUCCGAGUGGUUUCUCGGUCACAUGGCUGAUGACACGUGGUGGCCGAUGCAGGUGUUAAUAAAAUGUCCGAAUCAAAUGGUUCGACAAAUGUUUCAGAGGCUAUGCAUGCACGUUAUACAAAGGCUGAGGUCUAGUCAUUGUGCCCUGUAUCUUCAGGGUAUGGAAGAAAGUGAAGACAAUAGUAAAUUAGGAGAAGCGAGUUGUGUUACUAGGUUUAUAAGGAUGUUAUUAUCUUUGAUGGAAAGCGGAGCGCGAUCUCACUUGCGGCACCUGACGGAGUACUUCAGUCUGCUGUACGAGUUCAGCAAGAUGGGCGAGGAGGAGGGCAAGUUCAUGUUGAGAGUCAACGCUAUCUCUUCCAUGGUCAACUUCUACCUGGGGCAGAACUCGAAUACGGUGGAAUCCCCCAGCGAGGAGGCGAGCGGCAGCGGCAGCGGCAGCGGCGCGGCGGACGGCUGCGGGGACAAGCUGCGGCCCGGCGCGCUCGACAAGAUGGUGGCGCUCGUCAGCGGGCUCGUGGAGCGCUCGCGGGACGCCGCCGGACACCUGGCGCUGGCCGAGCCCGACGCGCGCGCGCUGCUGCACGCCAAGGGGUUUCCUUUCAUCUAUCAGCAAACGAGGGACAGUCUAAAUCUACAACAGACUAGGUCUCUAAUCUUCGCUCUGUGUCGGUGGAACGAGGCUCUCGCCUCGAAAAUAGUGAAUAUGAUCUUUCAGGCGAUCGCAAAACACACUGAAAGCUGCGGGCCGUUUUUUAAGCUCCUGACGCUACUAGUGGAGGGCAGCGGUGGCGGCGCGGGAGCGUCGGGCGGCCUGCCAUGCUUCACGCAGCUGGUGCUGGCGCGCCUGUGGGACGCCGGCGACGUCUGCCCGCACGCGGCGCUGGAGUGGCUCGCCAUGCAGGUGCCGCGUAACAAGGCGGCCCACGCGUGGGCUCUGCGCACGGCGGACCGCUGGCUGGAGGCGCAACUGCUGGCGGCGGGCGCGGCGCGGGUGCGAGCGGCCGCCGCGCUGCUGCUGGUGGCGCUGGUGCCGUCGCAGCACUUCCGCGCCGGGUACGCGCGGGCGAGACCUCUGCCUGCGCCCGCGCUGCACCUCGCCAAGCUGCCCGACACGGCGCACCACACGCUGCAUCAGGUGUAUACGAUGCUAUUGGGCAAAUUAAAAGCUGCAAGAAAAUACACGGACAUCGCCGUUCACGGAACUAUGAAACUGACUGCAUAUUUUGGAGUCAUGUCGUAUUGUGUCGUCAGCAGGGUAGAGAAACUAAUGUUUGGUCAGUACUUCAACGAUCUGUGGGAGCUGUACCAUCCUGCGAUCUCGGAACCCUCGGUGGCGGUGCAUCCCAACAAGCAGGCGCUGCUCACGUUCUGGCACGCCGUGUCCGUGGACUGCCCCGAGAAUGUACAGCUGAUGCUGGCUAACCAGCGCCUCACUAAACACAUCGCCUUCAACUAUAUUCUUGCCGACCACGAGGACGGCGAGGUGGUGGCGUACAACCGCGCGAUGUUGCCGCCGUACUACGCCCUGCUGCGCCUGUGCUGCCGGCGGUCGGGCGCCUUCGCGCGUACGCUGGCGCAGCAUCAAAAUAUCCACUGGGCCUUCCGGAACAUCGCGCCGCACGCGCACCUCUAUCCCGGCGCCGCGGACGAGCUGCUCAGGCUGGCGCGAAUCCUGGCGGCCCGCGGGGGCGCGGCGGGUGCGGGCGGCGGGGAGGGAGUGGACGCGCGCGAGGCCGCCGCCUUCCGCCGCAGCACUCUCUCCGCUUACUUACAGGGUUUAAAUGGACGGACUUGCUGGACGACGUUAAUAUCGGCGUUCUGCACGCUCGUUGAAAACGAGGACGAUAGACUGUAUGUAGUUUACAAUGGCGGACUGCAGAUGACUUUUGAAGCGCUGCACAGUCUGCACGCGGUGUACGUGGAAGGCGGCGGGGUGGGCGGGGUGGCGGGCGCGGGCGGCGGGGCGGGGAGCGCCGUGCGCGCCGAGCUCGGCGCGGCGCUGCGCUGGGCGCGCGCGCUGUGCCGCACGCUGCGCCUGCGCCGCGACGCCAAGGAGGCGCGCGCGCUGCUGCUCGCCUGCAAGGACUGGCCCGAGUGCGCCCGCCGCCUGCUCACGCUGCUCAAUCUGCACCAGCGCACUCCGCGGCUGCCGCACGCCGCCCUCGGUGUUCUCCGCGAGCUAGUUCUGAUCGGCGGGGGAGCGGCGCUGGGCGCACUGGUGCCGCUGGCGGCGGGCGCGCACGCGGCGGCGCGCGCGGCGUCUCGGCCGCGCCUGCGCUCCGCGCACGCUCACACGCACCCGCUCUCGCCACCGCGCCCCGCCUUCUACCGCCCCUACCACAAGUUUAUUGACACCUGUUGUCGAGUAGCGCGGAGUCAGCGCUGCAUGUCGGAGCAGCUCGUGCUGCUGUCAGCGCUAUGCGCGCUCGAGGCGGUGCCGCUUCGUUUUAAUUAUUUUGCGACCUUCUGGAGAGACGUUGCGACGUCACCGGCGGACGCAAAGUUAGAAGAAAUGCUGCUGGAGUGUAGUGUUGUGGCGGAGUACGUUGAUUCGGUGCUUUUGGACGAACGGGAAUCGCUAGCUGAUCCUGCCAUCUAUGACUUCAUGCAACAUUAUUAUCCAAAAUUGGGAGGUGCGACGAGUCCGUGCGCAUCGGGCGCUUCAAGCGUAGCGGGGGGAUCGGGCAGCUCGGGCGCGGUGGGCGGCUCGGCGCGGGCGGCCGAGUCGCUAGCCGAGGAGCUGGCUGGCAGCGCGGCUCGAGCGCCGCUCAUCACGUUGGUGGGCAGUACGCGGGCACUGCUGCUGAUGGCGGAGCGUGCACGUCCGACAGCGGGCUCAUCGUUAGCCCGCGCUUUACAUCGAGCCGCCACCGCGUUACACCAAAGGCUGCUUAGACCCACCGUGUCCAUAAUAGAAGAAGAAACCGGCGAGGCUGAGGCCGGAGGGCCGACGAGCGAGGCGCGUUGUCCGUCCGCGGAGGGCAGCGAGGGCGAGGAGCCGCUGGAGGAGUCGGACGAGUCCACCGAGGAGGCCGCGCCCGCGCUGCCGGACCUGCUGCCGCUGCUGUCGCAUGCCCUACGCCGCCUGCACCAGCUGCAGCCGCCCGACGACUGAGCGUCGCCGCUACGAGUACAUUACUCUCAUUCUUUCUCUAUGAGAACACUUCGAUAGAUUUUAUGACCGUACCCCGGAUUGUGACAUCUGAACGACACUAAAACCCACCUUUAUUACAUUGAAAUUUACAUAAUGAAAUGAGAGCACUUUUAAAAUCGCAUUGUGUUGAUAUACCUCACGGUUUUUUUUUCUAGUAAACCGUUACAAAUUAGAUUUUUUAAGCACGCAUAUCUGUAAAUAUUAUAUGUCUGCAACCUGUAAUUAUUCUCAAUAUUGAAGUAAUGGCUACUCUGUAGCGUGAAUCGAAUUAAAUUUUGACUAUUAAGUUUAGCUGCAAUUAACUAGUUUUAUGAAAUAUCUUAUUGUGAAAACUAAUUUCAAAAUUUUAUAAACAUCAAAAACAAUAUAUUUAGAAAACUCGCCCUAUAUAUGUAUAGUUUAAUCAUUUAUAUAUUUGUUGCACUAUUUAUAAUAAAAUUGUUCAACGGCCAUAUUAUAAAGAAAAUAUGAAAAUCGUCUUCAUAUUGUUGCAAAGUGAAUCCGGUGCUUAUAUAGGAACAUGUGCCGUUUCAUUUAUUUAUUAUAAAUUUUAUAAUUAUAAAUUCAUGACAACAAUGUUACAAUUUUUUGGAACAUUCCAAACUUCGAUCAAUUUAAACUUCUACGAAUAGUAAUUAGGGUUAGUUUUAUGUUAAUAAGUAAAAAACAAAUUGAUACACGCAAUACGUAUUUCACUGCUUUUAAAUGAAAGUGUGUUGUAUUUUUUUUUACUUCAUAUGACGAUUUCUUUGUAAGAGUAUUUGAAAAACAAAUCAGACGACCAAAUUGAAUAUGUUUUGGGUAUUUUGGCUUGUUUUUCAAAACUAUAGAUGGCUCAAUAUGUAAUUUUAUAAAAAAAUUUAGAUAUUGCCUUUUUUCGUUUAGUGUAUAAGGAGUUUGUAACAAACGAUGCUUAAAUUAAAUAUGUAUAGAGUCUGUUUGCUACCUGUUUUAAAUAACUAUUUUAUUUAUGUUUAAUGUUGUAUGUAAUUGGUCACAGAUAUUUUAGUAUUAUAUUGGAGGUCGGAUGAAAUAAAACCAACUAUCUCUUUUACCAGUAUUUUUCAACCAGGAGACCCUACAGGUAUAAGUCAUACUUCGUUUUGUUUGUUCAAUUGUAUCACAAUUGUAUACAUUGAUCUUUUAACUAACAUAUUGUUCAAAAUACCUAAUUUUGUUACUUAUUUAAAAGAUUGAUGUUAACUUGUAAUGCACUUUAAUCCGACCCCAAGUGUAAAUUAUGUUACUCCUGUGACCAUAUUAUUAGGUAAUUAAAUAUUGUGUAUUGAGUGUAACUAAAAUAAUGAUAGAUGUUUUUAUUGUAUCGCUUGAUCCUGACAGAAUCUCUUGGAAUAAAUUCAAUUCAUUCCCGGAUGAGAUCAUUGAAAACACCACAAGAAUGCUUUAGUUUAUAAGAUGUUUAGAGUAGGAAUGAUUUAUUGAAUUAAAAGGUCCUUAAAAUAUAAAUUGAGACCAAAUAAUAUUUUUUACAAAAUGUUUUAAUCUUAGCACCCAAUUUUUCUUUUAAUAUAUAAAACAGUAUAAAAAGAAGAUAGCUAUUUUAAAUACAAGGUCAUGAACCUUGGAAAAUUAGUUUUCAUCAAAAUUAUAAUUACGUUUCGGCUGUGAAAAUUUUGUUAGUUUAGGAAUAAAUUAAAUUUGUGAAGAUCCACUUACCCACAAAAAAUUACCCAAGUGAAAUUUAACUAAGAUCACAAUUUUUACCUACUGUAAGAGAAUACCCGUCCAAAGUCCACUUAUUUUUAUUUGCCGAACAUUAAAACUUGGCCAGUUAAAUUUUAUAGUUCUAUAUAUGUCUUAUUAAGUUUUAAAUGUAAUGUAUAAAAAAAUGUAUUGGCCCAUUCAUCAUCAAUAGAAAAAUGUUGUAUCUAAUCUAUCUAAUAUACAACACUAAAAGCUUUUUGAAUUUAUGAUCAAAAAUUAAUUAAAGGCAGCUGAUUCAAUAUGUCUUAAUACGAUUUUUUUUAUAAGAUUUUAUAUUACAAUAUUUUUUCUUCAUCUAGAUUCUGUCAUCACCGUUUUAUACUUACAAAGUGUUUAUUUUCUUCAUACCCGAUAGGGUUAUUUAAUACUUAAUUGAAUUAGAGAAAGAAAUAGCACACUGCCCAGAGAUUUACACAAAUAUUACAUUUAAGAUGACUUGUAGUAUUUCGUCAAUAAGUAGAUUAUAAAGUAUGGUAUUCAAAAUUCAUCUUUAAAUAUGUCCAUUUAUGAUACAUUAAAAUUGUAAAAUUUCUCUACCCGUAAAGCUUUUCUUGAAGAAUAUUUUUUACUGCAACAAGCUACAUAUUUGAAAAUCUCAUUCUCGAAUAUUCUACGAAACAGCUACCUAGGGAACACUGGAAGCAAUAAUAUUUCUCUGUAAUUUAUAUAUUACUAUAUAUAAUUGCUGUUAACAUAUUUUGAUAAAUAUUUCACUGAAUUUGUUGUUUUAUAUUAAAGAUCUUGGUUGUUUGGUGAAGGCGGUCACUCUUAUUAAAGGGUUAUAACGUAUUGUGGUGCUAACAAUCUGAAUUGAGUGACAGGCAAUGGCAACAAAAUAUAUAUAUUUCAUUUUGUCAUUUUAGAGCUUAUUAAUAUAUUACCGUAAAUAUAACUAUGCUGUAAUUAUCUUUUUAAUAAUUUUAAGAUUGUAUUUUUUGUUUCUGACGAAGUGUGGACAUCUGCUGGUUGCUUUUUUAUAGCAUUGAGGUUGUAAUUUGCAUAAGAAAUACUGGCUUGUCAAAGUUAUUUAAAUUUAUGUAUUAUACUUACAAAAAGGUGACCUAAUUUUUUGGUCGAAUGUAACUGUGUUAUUGAAUUAAUUUGUGAAAACUUGAUAAAAAUACUGUAAAUCGGACUGGAAAGCCAAAGUAAACAGUAUUUUGUAAAA